UCCUCCCUUCCACCAGAAGCCAUCGAACUUGCAUCCCGGAUAUUCAAUUACGCCAGAACAGGGUCACCUCUACUGGCACAGUACCUCUCAGCAGGUAUCCCACCUAACAUGACAAACUCGGCAGGUGAUACGUUGCUCAUGCUCGCUGCAUAUCAUGGUCAAAUCGAAAGCGUGAGAUGCGUCUUAACUCACGGAGCCGAUAUCAAUCUGGUCAAUGGUCGUGGGCAGACACCCCUGGCAGGAGCCGUCUUCAAAGACUAUCAUGGUGUCGUGACGAUACUUGUGGAGGCGGGUGCCGACUCAAAAGCUGGACGACCGAACGCUAUGGAGACGGCUGGCAUGUUUGGUCGAAGGGAAUGUGCGAGGAUCAUGGGAUUGGAUUGGGACGAAUGCGUCAGGAGCGUGCCUGAGGGUAUC